AAACAACUGGUUGUGCUCGCAAUGUCUUCCCCCGAGCGUGACUGGGACGAAAAGAUGGUGCCUGCUCACACCAACCCUGAACCCAGUCCUCCACCCUCUGACAAACUACCUCUGAUGCAAGCAGUCCGCCUCUACCCCAAGAUUGUUGGAUGUGCAUUUGGUCUCGCCCUAGCUUUCCUUCUCACGGGGUACGACACGGUUAUCCUCGGAACCAUCACGGCAGUGCCAUAUUUCAAACAUGAGUUUGGUGAACUAUACAACGGAUCAUACAUCAUCCCGGCAUCAUGGCUAUCAGUCUGGAGCGCUAUUGGACCAGUGGGGUCGAUGGUUGGCGCAGUCAAUGCAGGCUGGCUACAAGACCGCAUUGGACGUCGCUGGUCACUGGCUUUGAGCUGCUUCGUGUGUGCAGUUGGAAUUGCCAUCGCUUUUUGUUCCGACCUGCCAACUGAGAUAAACUCCAGACGAGGUGCAUUUCUCGUCGGUAGGACUGUUCAGGGAUGGGGAGUUGGUGGUGCUAUGGCCGGUGCCCAGACAUAUCUUUCCGAGACCGUUCCUACCUGUCUUCGUGGAUCAGCGAUGGCCCUCUCACCCACCUUCAUGCUCCUCGGGGAGCUGAUUGGAGCUGCUGUAAUCUACGCGUGUGAGAAAAAGACCUCGGCGGCGUCUUACCUGAUUCCAUUCGGGACACAGUGGAUCACCACCAUCUUGCCUUUUGUCUUUGUCUGCUUCCUACCCGAAAGCCCGUCAUAUCUGCUUCGUAAAGGAAAUCACGAGGCUGCCCAUCGCUCCCUGACAUGGUUUCAUACUGAUCGGGUCGACGUAUCUCAGCUGCUUGAUCAAAUGCGCUUAUCUCUUGCGCACGAAGAGGUGCUGUCACGGGAACUGACUUACGCUGAUUGCUUCAAAGGCAUGAAUCGACGGCGGACAAUGAUUGUGGCUUUCUCUUUUGUUAUUCCAAGUUUGUUUGGAGUUCCUCUCCUGGCAAGUGCCAGCUACUUCAUGCAGGUUGUUGGGAUGGCCUCGAGUCUGAGUAUCAUUGUGCUGAUACUUGGGAUCGUUUUGGGCCUUAUUGCCAACGGAGUCGGUAUCUGGCUCAUGAGUCGCUUUGGUAGACGUCCAUUGAUGCUGAGUACUUUGGCGGUCACUACUGUUAUCUGGUUGAGUAUGGGAAUUGCUGGAUGCUGGUCGGGCAAGAUUGUCAUUUGGUAUACAGCGGCUUGUAUGAUGGCAGUCGUUGUAGUUUGUGGUCUUGGCGCGUGGCCUGCUUCGUAUGCAGUCUCGGGCGAGACCUCGUCUCUUCGUCUCCGUGCAAAAACCCAGGGCAUUGGUGUUUUGUGCUAUAUGCUGUCUAACGUUGUUUUCAAUCUCAUUCUGCCAUAUAUUUAUAACACGGAUGCGGGUGAUCUGAAGGGGAAGACAGGUUUCGUUUAUGCAGGCUUGUGCCUGGCGACCUUCGUUAUCACAUGGCUGAUUGUCCCUGAGAUGAAGGACCGCACUGCACUCGAAGUUGAUACCAUGUUUGAGAAUGGUCUGCCCUGCGCAGAUUUCAAGAGCUGGAAGCCCGAGAUAUUGCCAGGAAAGGACCAGGAUUGA